AUGAAGAUCUCUGCCGCGGCCAUCAUCUCGGCGCUGGCUCUCGAGGGAGCUUCAGCCGCUUCUGUCAACGGCCCCCGAUGCCACUGCUGCACUGCUCUCUCCAAGACAGAAGGGCUUGAGGGUAAGGUAUGGUCACCAGAUGAGCAGCGCUACGAUGAGCGCCUGACUCAAUACUACUCUGCGAACGCCGCCCAAGCUCCCUGGUGCAUGGUCUUUCCGGAGUCUGCCGAGGAUGUGUCCAAGAUCGUCAAGGUUUUCAACCAGCAUCAAUGCCCAUUCGGCAUGCGUUCCGGUGCCCACUCGGCAUUCAAGGGUGCCAAUGGCAUCAAGGAUGGUGUCACUGUUGAUUUUGGUAACCUGAGCUCUACCACAUACGAUAAAGCCACCGAGAUCGCCUCAGUGGGGCCUGGAUCAGACUGGGGCAAAGUGUACAAGACCCUGGCAACAGAGAAUGUUGUCGGCGUAGGCGGUCGCGCUGAUGUCGUCGGUGUUGGCGGCUUUACCACUGGUGGCGGCUACUCCUUCCACACUGGUGUUCGAGGCUUCGCCUGUGACAACGUGGAGAACUUUGAGGUCGUCGUCGGCGAUGGCUCAAUCGUCAAUGCCAAUGCCAAGGAGAACACCGAUCUGUGGAAGGCUCUCAAAGGUGGCUCUGGAAACUUCGGCUUCGUCACGAGGCUGGAUAUCAAGGUCUGGCCCUCGGCCCAGAUCUACGCCAGCCUCAACGGCUACGCCCAAGAGCACCGAUUCGAGGCUAUGAAGGCGUAUUACAACUUUGUUCUUGUACAGGACUUGGAGCCCGAGAGCCAGGUGAUCUACGCUCAGACGUACGACAAGACUGGCUACGGUGUCGGUGGCAUUCUCAGCAACAUCAACGCCAAUAUCUCUUCGGCCUUUGAUGAGUUCCUCGCCAUUGAAGCUCUCUACACCAUCCCUGUCACUGGCCCCGCCCAUGAGGUUGUGCCUGUCUUCACUGGCCCCACGCCUCUGGGUCUUUUCGCCAACUGGCAGACCGGCAUGGUCGCUCACGACGAAAACAUGAUGAAGACCAUGGACGAGAUCUUCCACGCUCACAUCGACAAGAUGAAGGCUGCAGCCCCUGAUGCUGACUUUGAGAUGAUCUUCCAGUGGCAGCCUGUCACUCAGGGUAUUGUCAACGUCAUGGAGAAGCGCGGCGGUAACUCCCUCGGUCUCGAGCACGUUGUCAAGGACGGUCCUGUCAUCAUGUACAACAUUGUGUUCACUGUCGACACUGCUGCCAACCAGGAGAUCGUUCUUCCCAUCGCCCUCGAGAUGAACAAGGCUAUUCAGUCUGCUGCUGACGGUCUCGGCCUCAACAAGCACUGGCAAUUCCUCAACUACGCCCACUCCAGCCAGGACCCCAUCUCUCACUACGGCGCCGAGAACAUUGCUCACAUGAAGGCGGUGUCCUCCAAGUACGACCCCAAUCAAGUGUUUCAGAAGCUGCGCCAGACUGGCUUCCACCUCCCUGCAUAG